AUGAAAAAAUUAUUCUAUCUAUUACUCAUUUCCACUUUAUCAUAUCAAAUAUUUGCAUCAUUUUGUGGCUCAACUGGUGUACCAUUUAGUUUUGAAGUGCUACCUUCAGGUGCACCAAUACUUGGCUGUGCACAACCAACCUGUGUGGGAAAUUUAAAAGGUAAAAAUGAUGAUAGCAAUUUUCUGGUAAAUGCAAAUGGACAAGCAGAUGGUUUUAUGCGUGAAGAUGAUAAAGAUAGUAAAGCAUAUGGUGAUCCGUAUGGUAAUAAACUUUAUGCUAAUUGUUCCGGUCAAUUUUCUGAUCUGUCAUGUUUACGAAAAGAUCAAUGGGUUGGUGGUAUCGAAUAUAUUGAUCAUCCACGACAACCAUUACUCCUACAAUGCUGUACAUUUCCCGGAUUGCGAUUUUCGCAAGAGGUUGGCAUAACAAAUGUUGGUCCAGGUGAAGCAAUUACCGGUGGUGAAGUAAUUAGGGAUGGGCGACAGAUAAGUUUUGAUGUGAUAGCAAAUGCUCGAAAAGUAGUAGAUGCUAAUACACAUAUUGUUUCAUAUGAAGUAACGGUACGGCGAAUGCAUUGUUUACCGGAUCCACCGGAACCAGUUGUUGACUUCAAAAAGGAUGUUAGUGAUGAGAUAGUGAAAGUAUUGACAAAAGGAACCGACCUUUCAACUUUUCGAAAAGAGAAAUCAUUGAAAAAGGAAAAAUUGGAUGAAUUACAAGGGAAAAAACAUUGA